AUGAUGGACGAAACCCAAUUCGAGCGGUAUUAUGAGGCCAUUAAACAGUGGACGUUUCCGUCGGUGAUUCUGCCAGCGAAUGAAAAUCAAAUCGUCGCACUUCGAAACGGCCAUGAGUUGUUCAAAAGUCUUUCGUCGACUGACGAUGAUGAAAAGACAGAAGAAUGUUUUCGAAAGUAUCCAGAUUUAGCAGAACUAGCGGCAAGAAUUGAUAGUUGCAGUAUAAAACGACCGGUAUUUGUCCGAUUGUCCACAAGAAGUCCAAAAGAUGCCGUGUUACUAUUGAAUAAAGACAAAUUCAAGCAGAUCUUCCAACAAAUAUUCAACGAACUCAAAUCCGAUGAGACAUCCAAACAUAAUCAGCAGAUGAUUGCUCUGGAUGAGGCAUCGAUUCGUAUUCUUGCUGUUUAUGACGGUUUUCACGCAGUUCAACUGCUUCUCGCUAGCGAACGCAUUCAAGAUGAUCUUAAAUCAUCUUUAUCGUUGAAUUUGAUUGUUCGAGAAUUCCUCAUGGAUCGCCAGAGUUUAAAAAGUGAAUUUCGUGCGUUUAUCUACAAACGAAAGUUGACUGCGUUGACUCAAUACAACGAAUACAUUGUAGACAGAGUUUUGAUCGAGCAGAAACGCAUCGUUUUAGAAUCAGUUGAGAAUUUCUUCAAAACAGAAAAUCUUCUCGAACAAAUUCCAUACGAUAAUUGCGUGUUGGACUUGAUUCUAAUCGAAAACUCUCCUGGUAAUUAUCGAGUGUAUAUCUGCGAAGUUAAUCCAUUAGCAGAAUUUGCUGGUACAGGACUAUUCUCAUGGUUGAACGAUCGAGCAAUCCUUUUAGGUGAUGCACCAUUUGAAUUUCGCAUAAGAGAAUCUGAAACAAAAGAAUCUAAUCAGGCGGAUAAACAAUGGUUAUCAUUAAUAAAUCAUUUGUAA